CCCCACCUGCUUCGUUUCUCGCACUAUUUUACCUCAGAUCCUUCGCUUCUUUUCUGUUACUCUCUCCGCUGUGUUUCUCUCUCUUACCCUUUCUUUAUAACGACUCCAAUUUCGUCUCUCUCUGAUCAAGUCCGCCUGUAAAAUUUCUUCCUCUUUUACAGCGUUUUCUCUCACUAGAUCUCCCAUCGCCGACCCAACUCGACGAUCUCUCUCUCCCUCUCUCUCGGUUAACACUCGUCUUCUUCGCUGCCUUUGACUUGUCCUCUGGCUGUCGUGUGAGAUGGGACUGUGCUACGGAAAGAACAUCCAUGUAGCGGAGGACGAUGGUGGAGGUAACACCGCCAGCCGCAGUCAAGUCGCGCCUCCUCCGGCGACGGCAAAAGGAACUACCCCUACCCGAUCCUCCGGCACUAGCCCUUGGGCCAGCCCUUACCCCCACGGUGGCGCCAGCCCGCUCCCCGCCGGCGUAUCGCCGUCUCCGGCUAGGUCUACACCUCGUAAGUUCUUCCGUCGACCCUUCCCUCCUCCAUCGCCAGCGAAGCACAUAAAGGCCUCUCUCCUCAAGCGUCUUGGCCAGCCAAAGCCCAUUGAGAGCCCGAUCCCGGAGGACGGAGGCGGUGGGGAGGAUCGCAGGCCAGAGCGGCCUCUGGAUAAGAGUUUUGGAUACGGGAAGAACUUUACGGUCAAGUAUGAGCUGGGAAAGGAGGUUGGGCGAGGACACUUUGGACAUACUUGCUCGGCUAGGGCGAAGAAAGGGGAUAUUAAAGGGCAGCUUGUCGCUGUCAAGACCAUCUCUAAAGCAAAGAUGACAACACCGAUAGCAAUUGAAGAUGUUCGUAGGGAGGUGAAAAUUCUGAGAGCGUUAUCUGGACAUCCAAACAUGGUCAAAUUUUAUGACGCAUGUGAAGAUAGUCUUAACGUCUACAUAGUCAUGGAGUUGUGCGAAGGAGGAGAAUUAUUGGAUAGAAUCCUAUCAAGAGGAGGGAGGUACACAGAGGAAGAUGCAAAAGUGAUUGUUCUGCAAAUCCUUAGUGUUGUUGCCUUUUGUCAUCUACAAGGUGUUGUGCAUCGUGAUUUAAAACCAGAGAACUUUCUUUUCAGUACUAGAGAUGAAAAUGCUCCCAUGAAGAUUAUUGAUUUUGGUCUUUCUGAUUUUAUUAAGCCAGAUGAAAAACUUAAUGACAUUGUUGGCAGUGCCUAUUAUGUUGCUCCUGAGGUUUUGCAUAGAUCAUAUAGUACAGAAGCAGAUAUUUGGAGCAUUGGUGUUAUUGCAUAUAUCUUAUUAUGUGGUAGCAGGCCCUUUUGGGCGCGGACGGAAUCAGGAAUCUUUCGUGCUGUGCUGCGUGCUGAUCCCAACUUUGAUGAUCCUCCUUGGCCUUCUGUAUCUACAGAAGCUAAAGAUUUUGUUAAAAGGCUAUUGAAUAAAGAUUAUAGAAAAAGAAUGACUGCUGCACAAGCUUUAACUCACCCAUGGUUACGAGAUGAGCAAAGACAAAUUCCUUUAGACAUACUUGUAUAUAAGCUAGUAAAAUCAUACCUCCGAGCUACUCCUUUCAAGCGUGCUGCCCUAAAGGCUUUGUCUAAGGCAUUAACUGAAGACGAGCUUAUAUAUAUAAGGUCACAGUUUCAGCUACUGGAACCUAGUAAAGAUGGCCGUGUUUCCCUAGACAAUUUUCGAACGGCCCUUCAACAGAAUGCGACCGGUGCUAUGAAGGAAUCUAAGGUUCCAGACAUCCUGAAUACGUUGGAGCCCCUCUCAUACAAAAAGAUGGACUUUGAAGAGUUUUGUGCCGCAGCAGUCAGCCCUUAUCAGUUGGAGGCGGUGGAAAGAUGGGAGCAGAUUGCAGCUACAGCAUUUGAGUAUUUCGAGCAGGAGGGUAAUCGGGUCAUCUCAGUUGAGGAGCUGGCUCGAGAGAUGAACCUUACUCCAGCAAAUUAUUCCAAUGUGCGUGAUUGGAUCCGACCUGCUGAUGGCAAACUUAGCUUUUUUGGCUAUACGAAAUUUUUGCAUGGUGUGACUAUACGCGGUUCUCAUACAAGACAUAGAUAAGCCUGCCUUUUACUCUCAUCUCAUUCAAAUAUAGUCUUUCAGUAUAGUGCUUGCAUAUCCUUUUUUAUUCUUUUGGUUUUCUUUUAAAGAUAAUUGUAUCCUCCAUAGUAAGCUUGGUGUAGUCAAGUCCCUUGAGUUGAUUCAGCGAGCAAUAGUUUCAGCUUUUUUUUUUUUUUUAAAUGUUUUUAUUUUUGUUUUUUGCAGCUUGCUUAUGGUUUAAGCAAGAUCUGCACAGUGGAGCUUGUUUUUGCUCCAUAUGUCAAUUAUAUAGGAUACAAAUAUUUUGUCUUUUAUAUCAUAUUUGAAUAA